UAAUAUUUAUUGAAAAAUUUUCUCGUCUUGCAAAACACUCGCAGACCAAUUUACUCGCAAUCCAAGGUUUUCCUGUAUAUCUGUCGUCACAGAUGUUCGUCCGUGGCUGGCAAUCAAACUCGGGUUAUCAGGCGUAUUGUGUGCAUUGUGCUUACCACUUUCCUAUGUCUUUUACGUUUUCACACGUUGCAUUACCCAGUAACGCGAACCUGCGAGCGUGUAGCUUGAAAAUGAAUCGAGUGGCAUUUUGAAUUCGCCGCAGGGCUCUGCCUGAGUACACUAGUAAACGUAGCAUCAGGAAAAAUCCUUGCAUUAUUUUCAUUACACCAUCAGCAGUCAAAAUAUAGCUUCGGCAUAGUUCUUAAACAGCUCUUUUGAUUGUUUUUUUUAAAGGCUUCUGUUAUACGUAGCCUUAUAAUGCUUGAUGGCAAGGAUUUUGGGCACAUUCGGAUUUCAACCGCGUCCUUCUCUUGUUCUAAUGGAUUACUUUUUUCUUCCGACAGACAAAUCGUGCAGAAGUUAGCAGCCCUGUGUAAAGCCUUUGUGGCACUUGCCUGGCUCUUAUUGGAUUGGCACGACAUUUGAGCACGGCGCUGCUGCUGCUGGUUUUGGUGAUGGUGGUGGUGGGGGUCGUUACACAUAGAGCUUGACCUCUUCACUCGAGUUGGCACGAGUUUGUGAUGAAAGAGCAUUUCCUGGCACGUACUUUGGUGGCAAUCCUGUUUGCCCUCCCCGCCCCGGCCAGUGUUUGUGCAGAAAACGUGGGGGUAUGGGGGGGGGAAUAUUUUAAAGUGUUCGGUCUGUGCUGUGACUGACUGACAGUUAUGUUUUCUGUCUAUGUUUGUGUCGCCCGCCUGUUGUGUGUGGGCCGAAUUUAAUUUGCAUGCAUGUAUUUGCGUCGAUGGGGGUGGAUUUGUGCUCGGUCGUUUUUGAAUGCAAACAAAAUGUGCAAAGAACUAAAUGCAUUUUUAUCACAUUGUGUGUGUGCAGCAUGCUCCUCCUCUGAUUGCGAGAGCUCGGCUUAAAACAGAGUUAGGAUAUACAUUGUUUCUUUUGUCCUUAGUCAGCUAGUGUAUCUGUUUUUUUAGAACUGUGCUAUCCGUAUAAGUAAUUGAAAUUCGUAAGUCUAUACGUGUGCAAAAGCUGAUUAAAAAUGUAAUACCGCAUGGAGUAUUACUUGAUGAAAUGAUUCUCUAUUGUGCUUACAGCCAGAAAAAGCAAACCCUUAAGUAGAUUUUACACAAUUGCAAUCUAGGAAAUAUCUUUAUUUCAAUCUGCUUUAAGAAAUUGUCCAUUCUCUCCUGUAAACGGCAGUCUUUAUGGUUGCAAUCAGAAUAUAAAAGUUUUGGCAAGCUAUAUAAUAUUUUAAAAAAAUUGCCAUACAUACAUUGUGGUUUGACCGACAAAUGCCAACGGUGCAAUAUUUUCGGAGCGUGCUUUGCAAAGUUGAAUAUCAAGGUGCACGUCGCCGAUGGCGGGGCAGGAGCGAUAACAGGCGGCACUGCGGGUUUAGAUGCUCCCAGUGAUGGAUGGGUGCCAUGGAAUGCCGCGCUGUCUGGGAAAUGAAUCUCUAAGCCCCCAACAUUUGAGGCAGCGGGCUCAGCCGUCCAAGUAGAUGCGCGCACAGGAGCGCAAACCCGACCACCUGGAUGGCACCAUGGCUCAAUCUACCCGAGCGUUUACUAUCGCCAUCUGAAGUCGCUUAUCUGUUGAUUUGCCAGUCGACGGGUCGUUAUGUACAAUACCGUUUUUGGGGGGUGGGGGGGGGUUCCCCUCUUCUCCCUUCUUCUCCCCUCUUCUCCCCUCUUCUACCGGUUGAAUUCCAAUUGUGCCGUUGGUGUCAUGCUGUCAUUAGAUUAUGACAUUUACAUUCGGAGAUCCCACAGUGAGAAGUGCACCACCUUGCCAGAGAACGGCCCCCCAGCUGUGAAAAUGCUUCCUGAUGGGAGAGCGGAACGUCACCAAGAACUGAGAUGAAUGGUGCUGCACAUCCUGCCACGUCCCGAUGAAAUGUUUUGUCAUGCAGGCAGGCGAUAAAUAUUGCGUUUUUCAACCACGGCUAAGCAAACAUUUAUGAGCGAGGUUUGACCUCAUCAUUUCCAGCAGCCACGUGCGGCUUUGGAUAAUGGAAAUGAAAUUCUCCCUUUUUAUUGCCGCGGGCGAUUGAUCUGCCAGUCAAGUUGACGUAUCAAUGACGGCCGUCGCCGCAUCCCCAAUAAUUUGCCUGUAAAGAUGCCCGUGGACGCGUAUUGAUCGAGUCACUCGUCGCGCAUUGAGCCCUCGCAAUGGAAUCACUCGCCGACUGUCCGCAGCACAGAGAGGAAGCCUAACAGAACCGUUACCAUGUCACGCGCUGGAUGCAUUGGUUGCAUUCAGUGGUGGACCAACGGCAUGCGCCUGACGCGGCUGAUAUGCCUGCUGCUCGUCAUCCUGGUGACGAUCCCGCUGGUGGCCCACUACUACCUGGCCGUCGACCUGGACAGCACCGGUGGAAAGGGGAACCACGUGCAGAACCGCGACCCCGGCAGGCCACCCGUGGGGCCCUGGCACCCUGGCGCGAGCGGCGCCAGCCUUUGCCAGGGCCGGCACGUGGAGGACCUGUGCCGGAUCCGCGAGUCGGUGAGCGAGGAGCUGCUGCAGCUGGAGGCGCGGCGCCAAGAGCUGAACGGGGAGAUCGCGAAGCUGGGGGCGCGGCUCGAGGUGGCGCGGCGCGGCGUCGAAGGUGCCAAGCAGGAGCUGCAGCAGCUGAAGAACACCAUCAGCCAGACGGAGCGCUCUUACCGCGAGAUGCUGGCGCAGAACCAGCCCAAGCUCUCGCUGCCCAUUCGCCUGCUCCCCGACGACUCGGACCCCAUGCUGCCGCUGCCCAAAUCCGCGCAGCAGUGCCGCUUUUACAGCUGCUUCGACUUCUCCCGCUGCCCGCUCACGUCGGGCUUUCCCGUCUACCUGUACCCCUCGGAGGGUCUCCUGGGAGACGCGCUGGACCCGUUGGUGCGGCAGGCCGUGCAGUCGGCGCUGCGGGCCAGCGUGUAUGCAACACAGGACCCCAAGGUGGCGUGCCUCUACGUCGUGCUGGUCGGUGACGCGCAGGAUGGGUCGGCGCUGCCCGCCGCCGACCUCGAGCGCCACCUCCACGCGCUGCCGCACUGGCGGUCGGACGGACGCAACCACCUGCUGCUGAGCCUGUCGCGGCGGGCGAGCGCCACGCGGAACCUGCUGGACGGCGUGAGCACGGGCCGGGCGAUGCUGGCGCAGCCCGUGUUCGCCGAGGCGCAGUACCGGCCGGGCUUCGACGUCGUCAUGCCGCCGCUCGUCAACGCCAUGGCCGAGCCCAACUUCCUGCAGCUGCCGCCGCAGGUCCCAGCCAAGCGCAAGUACCUGCUCAGCUUCCAGGGCGAGAGCGAGCUGAGCGUGUCGCGGGGCCGUGUCGGCGAGGAGGGCGGAGAGGGCGAGGAAGCAGGAGGCGGCGAGGGCAGGAAAAUCGACCUCUACGACAUCCACAUCGUGUCCGUGCUCAAGGCGAUUGUCGCCGGCGGCCAGGAGAGCGUUCUGAUCGACUUGACGUGCGACGGCCCCGCGGCCGGUGGCGGCGGCGGCGGCCCCGCAGCCGGUGGCGGCUCCCCAUCGGAGUGGGCGCUGUGCGGUGACCGCACGUCGCGCAUCGAGGUGCUGCGCCGCUCCACGUUCGCGCUGGUGGUGGCCGCCGGCGACCCGCGCCUCUCCGCGUCGCAGCUCGCGUCGACGCGCGUGUACGAGGCGCUGGAGGCCGGCGCCGUACCGGUGGUGCUGGGCGGCGACCGCGCCCGCCUCCCCUUCGCCGAGACGAUUCGCUGGGAGCGCGCGGCCGUGCUGCUGCCCAAGGCGCGCGUCACGGAGCUGCACUUCCUGCUGCGCAGCGUGCCCGACAACGACCUGCUCGCCAUGCGCCGCCAGGGCCGCUUCCUGUGGGAGACGUACCUGGCGUCGGCCGAGAGCGCGCUGGGCGCCGCGCUGGCCACCGUGCGGGCUCGCGCCCACAUUCCGCCGGCACCUGUCCCCGAGGAGCCGUCGCCCGAGAUUCCGCACCGCUCCGCCAGGGUGCCCGCCGACGGCCUCAACCCGCCGUCCGAGAUGGGCGACCUGGAGCUGGGGCCCGCGGAGAACGAGCCGCCCUAUGCCUCGGAGCGAUACAAGCGCAAUUACACGCUCGUCAUGCUGGACGCCGACCGCAGCUGGAACUCCCCGCCGGGACCAUUCUACCUGUUCCCCUUCACGCCGCUCGACCCCGUUUUGCCGUCCGAGGCUCAGUUCCUCGGCUCCGGCGCGGGCUUCCGGCCAAUCGGCGGCGGCGCCGGCGGCACGGGCAAGGAGUUUCAGGAGGCGCUGGGCGGGAACUUGCCGAGGGAGCAGUUCACGGUGGUGAUGCUCACGUACGAGCGCGAGGAGGUGCUCAUGGACUCGGUGCGACGUCUCAACGGGCUGCCCUACCUCAACAAGGUGGUGGUGGUCUGGAAUGCGCCCAAGCUGCCCUCCGAAGAGCUGGUGUGGCCCGACAUAGGCGUCCCUGUCACGGUUGUGAAGACGAAGAAGAACAGCCUGAACAACAGAUUCCUGCCGUACGACGCCAUCGAGACCGAGGCGAUCCUGUCCAUCGACGAUGAUGCACAUCUUCGACAUGACGAAAUCAUGUUUGGCUUCAGGGUUUGGCGGGAGGCACGUGACCGCAUCGUGGGGUUCCCCGGGCGCUACCACGCCUGGGACUCGCUGCACCAGUCGUGGCUUUACAACUCCAACUAUUCGUGCGAGCUCUCCAUGGUGCUCACCGGGGCAGCCUUCUUCCACAAGUACUACGCCUACCUGUACUCGUACGUGAUGCCCCAAGCCAUCCGCGACAUGGUCGACGAGUACAUCAACUGCGAAGACAUCGCCAUGAACUUCCUCGUCUCCCACAUCACGCGCAAGCCGCCCAUCAAGGUGACGUCCCGCUGGACGUUCCGCUGCCCGGGCUGUCCCCAGGCGCUCUCGCACGACGAGUCCCACUUCCACGAGCGCCACCGCUGCAUCAACUUCUUCGUCAAGGUGUACGGUUACAUGCCGCUCCUCUACACGCAGUUCCGCGCCGACUCGGUGCUCUUCAAGACGCGGCUGCCCCACGACAAAACCAAGUGCUUUAAGUUCAUAUGAAGGAGGAGGUGGAGGAGGGGGAAGAGGAAGAGGAGAGGCGGUCCCCGGUCUUCGUCUUUGCCACCGACCCCGUCAGCGAGCCUCGGCCGGGGAGGCGGGGGGAGCCUGUGUGAACGAUCUGCGGAGUUUUUAACGAAUGGCGCUUCUCAUUCUGCUCCUCCUUCGUCGUAUGGUUAGAGUUGGUUUUGGACGCCCUUUCUGCAAGAGUUGCGGGCGCCUAAAUUAUUCCUGUUAGAACUGAAAGCCCCCCUAAGGCUUGCGCGCGACGAUGUUCAUCGCGAAGAGUCGCGCGCCGCCCAGGGAAUGCGCCCAAGGGACGCUCGUAUCGACUGUCGGGAUUUGGUUUCGCUGGUUUUUGACGCCUAUUUAUUUCUCACACGUGACUUGAACCCAUCGCACGAAGCGAAUGCCGAAUGCAGUUUAUGACGCGUAAGUACUGUAUUUAUUUGUGGUUCUGUUGACCUCCCCCUCCCCCCCCGCGAUGAUGGAAAGGCACAUAAGUGGCUUUCGUAUUUUAGACGUUAAACACGGUAUGCUGCCAAGCCACAAAAGAAACAUGCCCCGCUACGCAGGCUGUUUCCAUUAAACAAAGCGACGUUCGCAAAUUUGUUGUGCAAUCUUACCGUAUUAUCUGUAACACAGGUUUUUUUGGUUAGAUCACGCAACUACAGAUGUGUCGUUAAACCCGCAACCACCCGACACGGCCAAUUAGUAAGGUUUGUCACGUAAACAGAACAUGCCAAUUCAUUUCUAGUGUACAGCACACUGUUGUGUUGGAGAGUAAAUCCACAACAUUUACAAUCUUGAGUGACUUUUCGUUAGUAAUUACAACUAGCUUCAUCAGGCGACAGCCAGAUAACGCAUUCAUGCAUAUUAAACACACUGUAACCGAUGACUAUACAAGAUUAUACACACGCAUAUAUAUACUGUAGCAACAUUUGUUGUGGCUAAAUGUCAAUUUCAAUGGGAAUGGACACAAAACGGCAAAAUAAAGAUACAGAUGUGAAACUCGCGUUGGCACAGCCAGCCAAUAAAAAAAGCAGGCCACUGAAAAAAAAAAAUAAAAGCCGCUGACCUUUCGAUUGUGCUGGGAUAUUGCUAGGCGGCGACCUUCAUCUAACAAUGGGUGAAAUAAAAUGAGACCGGUAUUUUGGUGAUUAUUCUCCAUUUGGCGUGGCACGCGAUUAUCAAGCUGUGUCGUCCCCAUAAGCUGCGGUGUUAUCGCAGCCACGAGACUCAUUUUGAGCACUCCACCCCGUAAUUAUAUUGUAAUGGUUUAUAUAAUAUAUACACACACACGUGACUCAUUGCGAGACUGUCAUCGUUAUCAUUCAUUUUCUAACCACUGCUGGAUUAAGACCUCCCGACGAGGUCGCUGAUUGCCUGUUACUCCGUCUCCGCCAUGGUCAUCCUCUGCGGGUUAUUUCCUCCUUUUUGGCUACCAUGCCAUCGCCAGCCUCGCCCAUCGGCCAUCAUCCCACUCUUGUGAUGUCUCGCCCACGGCCACUUGGACGAAACAUCGCUCCGAUGUCUCUGUUGUGUAAUUCCCAGGCAUGUACCUCUGCAUGCUUCUUUUGCGUACUUUUUCAUUUUUUUUCCUGUCAUAACUGACAUUGUGCACCAACGGACAACACUAUUUACGCACAUUGGUAUGCUGCUUUUCGUUAUGAACUUUUAAGUUUAAAAGCACCACAUGUUGCCCUCACUCACCUCGUUUAUUUCAUCAUUUUGAUCCUGGCCUGCCUUAAAAAAAUUGUCAAACUCGUCUCUCCAACAAUUAUUUCGUUUUAUUUAGCAAACUUGUACAUGACCGUUGGUGGCAUUUGCAUCUCAACCGUGCCGCCUUCUCCGUUCGAUUCUUCCAUCAUUUCCUGUCGUAGUUCACUGCCGUUUAAUUCUUCGGACUGUCGUCGGCACAUGUGGGAUGGUAGAUACUUUAUUCGAUCGAUUUAAAAAAUAACAAAAAAAAACAUUGUAGCGUCGCUGCGAAUCGCUUUGGUGUGAGCGUAUCUCUCGCCCGACUCCUGUAUAGUAACCCCCUCUAUCUGUAAGAAAUGGUUUUUAGACCAGUGCUAUGUAUUGUUGCAUUAAGGGCUCGGGGUUUUUUGCAUUAGUUUCCACAAACCCCCACCGCUCCCCCCCCCCCCGUUAUAAUUCUGCAAGAAGUUGGGCGCAGUGGCGUUAACGUUUGGCCGUUUGUACGGGAAUCUUUAUUGGCGGCAGGCAGUUGUGGGUGGGAAAAAAAAACCCCGUGGAAACCCGUAUCGCUCUUAGUUGGGCACAACGCGCAUACGCAGACCCGAUCGCACGGACGGGUUAUGUACGUACGAAAGGAAGAUGAUGCGACCUUCAGACGUGCAGCAAAAUAAAGAAUUAACCGCAUUUUAAUGGAAACAUAGCCGUCCCGAUGACCUGCUUUGAUAAAACCGGAUCUGCCGGAGGCUUUUAAAUUUCGACCGACUUAACGAGGUUAAAAAGGCGGACGGUUUUGUUUUGUUGUUGAUGGACUUUUGUCACUCAUGCCCGUCGCUUUUAAUCAUUUUUACGCUCAUUGUCUUCGUAACUUUAUUGACACGGAGCCAUCUGUUCAAAAAUAUCAGUUACACUGCAAUGACAAGAAUACAGAUACAUUUUAAAAUCCUACGGGAACAAACUUGGCGUUUAGUUUUGUCUCCUGUAACAGACCGUGCUCGCUUCGUCAUCGGUGCUUUGUUCCCGUAGCGGCGAGAGCGUGAAUCGUACCCCAUUGUCUCACCACAUCCUUGGACGGAACUUUUCUGAGUUCUGUAAAAAGUUGAGUUUCGUUUCGACAUUAUAUAUAUGAGCAGCUGUGCAAGAUACUGAUCGAAAACAUCGAAAGAUUAUCCUUUGUAAUACGUUUUUUUAUACUCUAAAAAUUCGAGUUCGUGUCUCCCGAGUUCUUGGAGGAGUUUGCCGGUGGCAGACUUUGAUUGUGCUCGACGAGAUGAUUCCACUGUGUAAAUUGUCCCAGUUGUGCUGUAUUUCUUUGACGUGACUUCGGGUUGUGCCCACCAUGAGUUGUUAAGGCACGAUGCCCCACCUAUUCAGGGCGGCACCUGGUGGAAUCGGUUCUUGAAAUGUUCCAGAAGUUCUUUUGCGCAAUUGGGGAAUUGAAUUCAGACCCCCCCCCCCCCAAAGAAGCUGCGCAGUGUGUGGAGAGAAACGUCGGACAUCACGCCGAGCAACACGCGGUACGGCCCCAAAAUACACAUCGGGGGAGCUGACCCAGGUAAUUGUUGAUGUUCGUUUCGUAUCGUUAGUUGAUGUCGCCAGUCACAAUUCUGCCCAGCCAUCGUGUGGUAUAUCGACAGUGUUACUGUAUUUGACUAAAUUUUGUAUUGAUAAAAGGCGAUUUCAGAAUGUGCUCGCGCGUGACGGCAAGCGUAUUCCCCGGCGCGUCGCACCGAUGCGUCAUACCGAUGUGCCGAUCGGAAUUCGGGCAAGUUGCUGCCUGACCACCGGCUAGGUGCAUUUAAACCGGGUUAACGUUUAAACCGGGUUACACUGUACUCGAUUACAAUAUAACGAUAACGACUGACUAUUUUUGCGAGCCGUUUUUAUAUAUACAGUAUAUGUGUUUUUGUGUGUGAAAUCCCGAGGUUACUCACCUUUGAACGGCCGUGAAGAAAGUAAUGUUUACAUAACAUGUUGUCUAUGUCCUGUUGGCGUGUGCCGAUGUUAUGGGAUGCCUGUAGUUAAUACGAGUUGCAUUCUCUUGUAACGUUGUGGAUAUUGUCGAUUCAAUUAGGCUAAGUGAUAUUUAUUCAAUUUUUUGUAUAUAUUUUUUAAGCUUUUAUCGGGUGCGACACUUGGUUUAACCCCACGUCACCAUUUGUCCACCAGAGUGGGAGUCGGGGUCCCGAUGUGGGUAUACGUAGCCCGUCAGUCUUACACGGGAGAGCCGCGUGUACAACGUAAGGAUUAUUAAUGCCCACACUUUGUGUUACAAAUGCAAAGCUAUAUUAGCUCCAUUGUGUGUGUGCGCGCGCGUGUGAUUUUCGUGCGUGGGCGAGUUACCCUUACGUGGGGCUUGGCAGCCACUGCUCCCCAGACCGUCGGGCAGUUGGCCUCGACCAAAUUAUUAACCCGGCAGCUUCGGCUGCAGCUUCGUCGUCGUUAGUGAAUGCGUUCGUGAGCUGCUAUGGUGCACCCUGGCCAGGAGGAACCCCUCCGUGAGCUCAAAACGGCACUCGUUUAAUGCCCUAACGGCAAAGCUACAUCCUCGCAAUGUCAAUAGGUUACAACGCAUGAACCCUUUCCCGUUCCGAUGGCGUAUGUGUACGUCGUCAGAAACGGAACCGGAAGAAAAAAAUGUCGUAACUUUAUCGCUACCGAGGCUCCCCCAAGGCCGUGCGGGAGGGCGUGCGGUACAGUUUGGCGCCAACUAUCGGUGUGUGGUCGUGUCCCUACGGUUCUCUGCGGUGAGUCCAAUGUCUUUAAAAACCACGGCAUACGCUUCUCUAAAUAAAAUAAACGCUGAACCGCUUGCGCAUUCCGAGAUUCAGCGGUGAACGGGACACCCCCCCCCCACCCUGUAACUUUCAAUCGUCUCGGGAAAUGUUAGAGGGUAACAGGCAUGGGUGAAGUGGUUGGCAACACUCACUGCUACGGAGCCCUAAGACCCGCGUUCGAUUCCCAGCCAUGGUAAAACGUAACUGGCAAAAUGAUAUCCGAACUUGUCCCUGGCCCCUCCCUUCACCAACCUGCACUGACCAGCGUGGCGAAGCAUGGUUGAACCCCUUCGUCGGGCAGCGGAGUGACAAAAGGGGGGGGUGGGGGUAGUAAAUCGCGGUUCGGGGACCGAGCGACGAGCGGAGGAGCCGGGGCCCCACGUUGCCCACGAGGGUUGCGACAGCUCUGUCAUGGCCACGAUAGAAACCACUGGAAUAAAGGCAUCGAGCACGGGACGUUGAAUAAAGUUUUAUAAAAUGCC